CGUUCACUCGACAACCCCUCUCCUCGAUCGAUCCAGAUCCGAAACUCUCUCCCGUUCUCCCCGAGAACACACCCUCCGCCGCCAGUCUCUCCCCCUCUCCUCGAUCCAGAUCAACGACGACGUCUCCCUCCGUCGCCGCCCCCUCCUCCCACACCCACAAACCUACAAACCCAAUCCCCAACCCCGAUCCGCUCUGCUAAGUGCGUCGAGUCGCCGCAACCGCACUUGCAGUGUCCUGUCGCGCCCCUCCUUUGUCUCGCUGCGGGUGGAGCUGCGAGCCAGCGCCCAGCAUCUGCAUCUGCAUCUGCAUCUGCAUCGCCCGCAUCCAGCCGCGCCAUGGCCUCCUUCGUCACCGGAUUCGACCUCCACCAGUCCGCCGCCGCAUCGAUCAGGGUGCCACCACCGUGCGGGCCCACGACAACCAGUGGGCACUAGGAGGAGUGGUUUCGGAGCUGGUCUGAUGCCUGCAGUCGUGAGGUGUACCGGAAGCUCCGCCUCGCCCUCGCGUACGACAUCACGUGCUUCGACGCCGUCACCAUCGCCCUGAUGUUGGCCGCCCGCUCCCCUCUCUGGGAUGCGUGGAUACACGCGGUCGAGCUCCUCGGCGUGGAGGCCGACGCGCCCGCCCUCCCCGCCUCUGCCACGCGCCCAGCUCCCGCCCCAUGGCCACGGCGUCCGAUUUGGGUGCCGGGUGGCGGGGGUCGGCGUGGAGGCCGAUGCACCCGCCUAGCCACCUCCCUCAUCACCGGCGAGCUCCAUAUCUACGCGCACCCUGACUAUUCUCCCUCCCCCCUUCCGAGGAGAGUUAACCGGUUUCUGAUUUUCACUACCCCUCGCAGGUUCCGCUACGCCGACAGUCUGCUGCUCGAGAGAAUAUGGAGCGGUCAUCUACUUCGAGCACCAAGAUGGGUCUGCGAUGAAUGUUGGGUUGGACCUCAGGUCGGUGGCACUGCUAUGGACAUGCCCUCCUCGACCUCAGCAACCAACACAUCGACGUGGGAGAAACGGAUUCCUGAACCGUUGCUUCUCUUUUAAUUGAAGUUCUUACUUUAGUUCCAGAUUUCUAUGCAUGCCACCUUGUUGUGAUUAGUUAGGUUAGUUUAGUUCCAGAUGUCUGAAAUAUACUCUACUUAUUGUUCAAGGUUGAUUGCAAAUUAGUUGUGGUGCCUCCAGUGGAGUAGAGUGUGGAGAGCCAAGAAGCUUUAUCUCUUUAAAUUCAGUUAAUUUUCGUACUGAAAUUAAGUUAUUGCCUUGAUACACUAUUGUAUAGUAGUUAUGCCUCUAGAAAUUUUAUUGGAUUAUGAGAUGAUUGGGGUUGUA